AUGGGUGUCGGACCAGGUCCCCAGAUUCGUGGGACGGCUUUCGAGCGUUUGCAUUUCAUCCCGCUCGCCCUCCUGCAUGCCCUGUGGAACAACAGGCUGCCGCAUUCCCGCGCGCAGCGGUGCGAGCAACGCAGCCGAAGGUCAAGAUCUGCUUUCUUUUCUCUCGUUUUAAGACGCCUCGCCGCCGCCGUGCCGUGGUCACUAGAAGGAGACACCGAGCAGUUCGCGACCGCGACGUACCGAGGGCAGAACUUGUUCGAUGUUCUCUACGGCGAUGCGGAGGGCGCCCGGACGGCCAUCCAGAAGUCAUGGCUGCCUGCCCCAGAGAAGCUCAGGGAUUGCACCCACAUGUCGGAGCUGGGGCUGGGCGUGCAGCUGCAGGAGGAGAGGUGA